UUUUACCUUUCAUAUAUGGCCCCUACUCUCUCUCUAUAUGCAGUCCUUUUGUCUUUCUUAGAUGACAUUGACAUUUCAUAGUGGUUACCUUGUGACUCCUAUCUUUCUUUCCUUAUUUCUAUUUUCUGUUUCAAUAAUAGAACUAUAAGUGUAGGACUUUAUAGGGAAGAUGGUGAUGGUUGUCUUGAUGGGGACAAUGGAGAAUCAAUUCCCACCGGCUUUGCAGCCAUCGUCGGUGGUAGCACGACCUCCAAGUCGAUAUACACAUGGAUCAAUUGAGACACUGGUGGUUGUGCUAGCUGUGAUCAUUAUCAUAGGUGCUAUUGCAGGAAUCAUAGCUCAGCUGUGUGGUGCUAGUCAUUUUGGUGGCAGUGAAGAGAAUGAUGUAGAAGGCUGGGUAGAGAAGAAGUGCAGGAGUUGUAUUGAUGGUGGAGUCCCCAGUGCCCCUCCUCCUCCCCUUCCCCCUCCCCCUCCCCUUGAAGAAUCAAAGGCAGCAAUAGAAGAAGCAAAGUAAAGUUAGCAUCCAACGUUGUGUUAAUUAGUGUUUUAUUUUUGAACAAUACGUUCAAUGUAUGGCAUUAAAUACCAUAACUGUUCCUAUAAUAGAGCUUGUAAUCUGGAUGUUUUUUGUAUUUGUGACAUGAAUCCCAUCAGUGUUACGGCUCGUUUCAGGUGCUGUUAUUGUAAGAUCAGAAGCUUGAACAGUCAUUCUAUAUGAGAAAGAAAGAUGAAUUUGCUGU